AUGGGUGACGCCGAAAUCACAACGAGCGCCUGGAGGCUGGUCGAGGUCGGCCGUGUGGUUCUCUUCAACGAGGGCCAGUACGAGGGCCGCCUCGCUGCCAUUGUCGAGAUCAUUGACCACAAGCGUGUCCUCAUCGAUGGUCCCUCGGAGAAGGCCCCCAUCCCUCGCCAGGAAAUCGCGCUUGCCAAACUCUCUCUUACACCCAUCGUCAUCCCCAAGCUGCCCCGCGCCUCCGGUGUUGGCCACGUCGCGAAGAAGUGGGAGGAGCACAAGGUCCAACAAAAGUUCGACGAGAGCGCAUGGGCCAAGAAGCGUGCGGCUAUGCAGAAGAGGCGGGGACUGAACGACUUUGAGCGCUUCAAGGUCAUGAAGAUCAGGAAGCAGGCUCGCUUCGAGGUCCAGAAGACCUUCGCCAAGAUCCGCGCCAGCGCAAAGGCAUAG